AAAACAAAAAUUUCAGACAAGAGAAACCUGAGACUCUCACCAGACCCACUCAAUGUUCUAUAUAAUUAAACAAGAACCAAUAACAAAAAAAAAAAGAUCCAAAUUUUUUCUUCAUCGAUUCGAUUCUGAAUCAAUCUCCCCUUCCUCUCUAACUGAAUCAGAUUCGUAUUUUCAGUUAGGAAUCGACCCGGAUUCUGGGGCUUCUCAGUUAAAAACUCUGUUUGCGUUUUUAGCGGAUCGAAUCAAAGACCAGUGAGUGAAGGAGAGCAAAUUUCGCUAAAAGUUAAAAGCGGAUUCUAUAUAUAUCAGUAAAAAGGAUAUGACUUUCUCAAGAUUCUUUCAUGUGGUCGAAGAAGGAGGUGGAGGAGAAAGACAAAGAGAAAGGCUGUUAGCUGCUGCUUCAGAGACACAAGAGCUGUUUGUCCUAGAAAACAUGACUGCCACUGAAGCUAAUAACCGCAAAGGGGACGAUAUUGGUAUCGAAAUACCUGACACUGCUCACCAAGUUAGCACCGAUUCAUGGUUUCAGGUGGCGUUCGUGCUCACCACUGGUAUAAACAGUGCAUACGUGUUGGGAUAUUCAGGAACAGUGAUGGUUCCUUUAGGUUGGAUUGGUGGUGUGGUUGGUCUUAUCAUAGCUACUGCAAUCUCUCUCUAUGCAAACAGUCUCGUUGCCAAGCUCCAUGAGUUUGGUGGCAGAAGACACAUCCGCUACAGAGACCUUGCUGGAUUCAUUUACGGUAGAAAGGCUUAUCACCUUACAUGGGGAUUACAAUAUGUCAAUCUUUUCAUGAUUAAUUGUGGAUACAUCAUACUAGCUGGUUCUGCCUUGAAGGCUGUUUAUGUGCUCUUCAGGGAUGAUCAUGUCAUUAAAUUACCUCACUGUAUAGCCAUUGUUGGUCUUAUCUGCGCGGUUUUCGCUAUUGGCAUUCCUCAUUUAUCAGCUCUUGGGACCUGGCUUGCUGUUUCCACCAUCCUCAGCCUCAUCUACAUCGUUGUGGCAAUUGUGUUAUCAGCUAGAGACGGAGUAAAAGCACCACCAAGAGAUUACGAGAUACAAGGAUCAUCAUUAAACAAACUCUUCACCAUCACAGGAGCAGCAGCAAACUUGGUCUUCGCAUUCAACACAGGGAUGCUUCCAGAGAUUCAGGCAACAGUGAGACAACCGGUUGUGAAAAACAUGAUGAAGGCUCUAUACUUUCAGUUCACAGCUGGAGUUCUACCAAUGUACGCUGUUACAUUCAUUGGAUAUUGGGCUUACGGUUCCUCAACCUCCACCUACUUGCUAAACAGUGUUAAUGGCCCAAUCUGGGUCAAAGCCCUUGCUAACGUCUCUGCUAUCCUUCAAUCCGUUAUCGCUUUACACAUAUUUGCAAGUCCAACAUAUGAGUACAUGGACACAAAGUUUGGGAUCAAAGGAAACCCACUGGCUUUGAAAAACUUGACGUUCAGGAUCGUGGCCCGUGGAGGGUACGUAGCGGUUAGCACGCUCGUCUCUGCGCUCUUGCCUUUUCUCGGAGACUUCAUGAGUCUCACUGGUGCAGUGAGCACAUUCCCACUCACAUUCAUUCUAGCCAACCACAUGUACUACAAGGCUAUGAACAAUAAGCUCAGUCCUUUGCAAAAGAUAUGGCAUUGGUUUAACGUUGUCUUCUUCAGUUUGAUGUCUGUUGCUGCCGCCAUUGCAGCUGUUAGACUCAUUGCAGUUGAUUCCAAAAACUUUCACGUUUUUGCAGAUAUGUAAUUCAUUUUACAUAUAUUUAUAUAUAUAUAUAGUCAUUGCAUUAUUGUUCUUAGGCAAGGUUUCUUGUAUUUUCUUUUUUUUUAUAUAUAUAAAUUAUAAACAUUAGAGAGCUUAAACAAAAUAAAAUGUAAAAAAAUAUACAAUGUACCAAAUUUGUAGCACUAAAACAGUUUGAUGAA